UUUACAAAUUUAAUCGGCCAUUUGUAAAAAGCGCAAAAAGCGGCUUUUUUUGGAUCAAAGUUAGACAUCUAGUUAUAUAAUAUAUCAUUGGUAAAGGUUAGCUAAAUUGUGAUAUAUGAAAUCAAGCGUACUGAAUCCGCUGACAUACAUAGGAAUCCGCUGACUUAAUUAGGAAUAGGCGCAUCUUGUGUACAAACAUUGACUGAAGGGCAGAAAAAAUGGAAUGUCAGAACUGUUCUGAAACUUUGGUUGCUUCGAGUAGCUUAUUUUUUUUUAUAAAAGGAGAUAAAGAUGUACAUUUGUCAAUUAAACCUGAAAUAUACCCAUUAAUUAAAUUAGAAAAAAAACUGUGUGAACUAAAAGAUAACAAAAAAAUUUGCAUAAACUGCAAUAAUUGUAGCUUCAAUGUUGGCUCUAUACUUCCUUUUGGUCCUAAUGGUACUAAAUUUCCCGCAUUUUCUUCUGAUAAAGUCACACUUUGUAAGCUCAGAUUAACAAAGAAAGAAAAAUGGUGGAAUACAUAUAAAAAGUUUGAGUUGCAAGUAGAGCAACGAGACAGAAACAAUUUAUUUGGAGAGCUUAAGGAAAAUUUUUUGGAAGAAAAUAUCAAUCAAAAAGCAGCCACGAAGACAAUAUUUCCAUCCAUCGAUAAUUUGAAUUUGUUUGAAUGGUAUUCAGUGUCACUUAAAAGGGAACCUCGACAAUAUCAGAUACAAGCAUUUGUGGAGGCACUCCAAAGUAACUUAAUUGUUGUACUUGAAACUGGUGGUGGAAAAACACUGAUAGCUUCAAUGUUAAUAGGUCGCAUGUGUGAAAUAAAUCCUCAAAAAAUGGGUCUGAUGAUUGUUGAUAGAAUUCCACUUGUUUUCCAGCAUGCUGCCUCUAUUUCAAGUGAUACUAACCUAAAAGUAGUAAGCUUGUGUGGUGAAAAUAAGACCAAACAUACUAUCAAGCAAAUAAAUGAUGGGCAUUAUAAUGUUUUAGUUGUUACUGCUGGAGCAUUUUAUGAAAUGGUUAUGCAAAAAUACAUUGAUGUAAACAUAUUUUGUGUGGUAGUAAUUGAUGAGUGUCAUCAUGCAACUGGUGGUCAUAAGUAUUUAGAUGUUAUUCAAUUUUUUACUUCUAUGCCAUUAGCAACUCAACCUAGAAUUUUAGGUCUAACCGCAUCUCCAAUUAAUGCAAAAACUUUUACUCAAGGAAUAGACCAGCUUCAAAAGUUUCUUUUAAAUUUUCCAUCUGCAAAGAUAUUUUUUCCUGAUCAAUCAAAUUCUAAGCAAAAUAUUAUAACACAGGAAUUUGAAUACUCAGAAAAUCAGUUAAGGUUUUUAAGUCAGGUUGUUGAAAUGUUUAAUGAACAUCUUAAGAGUAAUAUAUAUUCUCCUUUGAAAAUUUCAGGUAUAGAAUUAAAAAAAAAUUUAUUGAAUUCUUACCAGAUGAUUGGAGAUUUGCGUACAUUAGAAGGUAAUUAUCAAGAACAUUCUGAAGUUAUCUCAGCAAUAAAAGUUGCUUAUAUUUAUAUAGAAUCAUUAGAAAUGUGUGCCAUUAUGGGGAUUCGUACUGCAUAUAAUGUUAUAAAAGAUAAUGUAAAAGAAAUCAGUAAAGCAUAUGAAAAUGUUAAUGAAGAUUCUUCUCGCCUAAAAAAAUUAUCAAAAAUUUUAAGAGGUCUGGAGAAGACCUCUAAAGUACUUAUUUUUGUUCACACUAAAAAUGUUGCAAGAGCAUUAUACAAGUUUCUUUGUGACAAUUUUGGCAUGUUUAAUCCUAGAAUGGUAUUUGGUCAUGGUGGAUAUGACGGUAUGUUAUGGGAAGGUGAACAAGAGCUUGCAAUUAGGGAUUUUGCAACAGGUGAAUGUAACUUAAUUGUGGCUACUUCAGUUUUAGAAGAAGGACUUGAUGUUGCUGAAUGUGAUGUAGUUAUUUCUUUUACUUCAGUCAAAAGUCUUAUCCAAUUUAUUCAAGUAAGAGGUCGAGCUAGAAAACCUGGAAGUAAAUUUUAUUCAUUUCAAAGUAUGCAUGAAAGUAAAUUAACUUCUAAAAUUAGAAAACAGGAAGAAAUUUUGAAAUAUGUUCUUCGAGUUCAUUCUAAUUCACAUUGUCUUUUUUCCAACUUAUCUAAAGAUAUUAUUAAAAAAAUACAUCAUCAGUUCAUCAAUAAUUCUUCUAAUACAAAAGAUAAUUUUGAUAAUAAAGACCAAGGGAAUUUUUCGUUCUUGAUCUAUGUGGAAACAAAGAACAUUGAUAUAUCUACAACAAAAGAAAAGCUUUUUGAAGUACUUCAAGAAUGCAAUGAGUUUCAAAUAAAACACUUAGAGAUUAUUAACAACACAGCAGAACUGCAAUCAUCCACUCUUCGAGUGUUUACGAAAAGUUGUAUAGUUUUUCUAGUUGGUGCACAUACACAAUCACAUUCAUCCACUUCUCUAGAUGCUUACUUGCAAUUUUGUAGAACAUUUAACUUCAAUAUAAAAGUUGAUAAUAUUUGUAAAUGCCCAUCAUGGACCCAGUUCAGUAUUAAGACGCCUAAUGAUAAAGUGAAAAAUCUUGAAGUUAAAUCUACAAAACUUGGUAUUGGAUAUUUUGUUGACAAAACAUCAUGUGCUGUAAUAAAAGAGACUCCUAUAGAAUACUGUUUAUUUUCUGAAAAAGAAAUUUCAAUAAGUUAUUCAGAGUUUUUAGCUGAUUUUGUUUUUAAAGUGCCAUUGACAUUUCUUGGAAAUUUUGCUUUGAUAUCUAUUGACAAGCAUUACUUCUCAUUGAGCAUGGUGUUAUCACAUGCACCUUAUAUUUACAAAAAAGAAAAUGAUGAACAUAUAAGAUCAUUAGAAUCAAAUUUAUCGGAAAUAUUUUCAAAAUACUCAUUACUUCAAAUAACCUUUCCAAUUAAUAAAAUUCAGGAUGUUCAACAGGUACUAUUUUCACCUAUAUUGUUUCCCAUUCCACAUUUCUAUGUAAAACUAAAUUGUGUUCAGCUUGAAAAUUAUUGUUAUCAAGAUUUAUGCAAGCAACUACCAGAGUCUAUAGAAUGGUACCUAGGUUGUAUAAAAGACUCAAGAAUGCUUUGUUUACCAACUGAGCCUCUUAAUGAUAUAAAAAAUCAUGUGGACAAUCAAAUAAGUUCAGAGCUUCAAAGAAGCGAAGUUCUUCAGUUAUGUGAAGCAGCAUUAAAAGCAGUUUUCAGUCGUUUAAAUAAAUAUUCUUACUUUGAUCAUUUUUUAACAAUUUAUGAAAACGAGUUUAAUCAUAUGUUAAAAAUUCCUAUUUCAAAAAGAGAUAUUCUUCAAGAUGUAGUUCCUUCAAAUUGUGUAUUGAUCAAACGUGUUGUUGCAACACCUACUCGAAUUGUGAUGUUGCCUCCAGUUCCAGUUGCAUCAAACCGAAUGAUACGUUUACUUAGUUAUUACAAUAUUCUAAUAGUUUCUUUUAGAGACGAAGAUAUGUCAAAACUACGCGACUCUGAUACUCAUUAUUACAUUUCUUUUCUUAUGAAAAAUGGAAUUAUAAUUAACAAGUCUAGAUAUUAUUUUUUUGCAACAUCAGCAAGUCAACUUAGAGAUCAUAAAGCCUAUUUUAUUGAAGUACCCUCUAGUAAUGUAGUCAAAAAUCUGAGAAGUAAAAUUAUUCCAUCACCUGAAGACUUUAAAAGUGCUGCAAAGUAUAUGUCUCGUCUUGGUCUUUAUGCUACAGCUGAUAAAGAAACUCGUUUUAGGAUAAGUACUGAUAUGAUUUCUUGGGUAAGUGAUCUAAAAGCAAAGAAUGGUGAACUAACCACUGAUGGAUGUGGUAAAAUUUCUCUGACAAUGAGUGCUCGCAUUGCAAAUAUUCUUAAAAUUAAUCAACCUUCAGCUCUACAGAUUAGAUUUUCUGGUAUAAAAGGAAUGCUGGUAUGCACCUAUGACGAUGAUCCAGAUUUAAAAAAUAAACCACUUGCUUUUCGCCCAUCCAUGAAAAAGUUUGAAAAUAAUGACACAACGUUUUGCAUUACUUCUUAUUCAAAAUAUAAUUCUUUGAGUUUAAAUAGAGAAGUCAUUACUCUUUUAAAUGCUGUUGAUUCUAGUUUGUUUUCUGAAGUUUUAAUUAAAAUGCAGCAAAAUGAAUUACAAAAGAUGGUUAAUAUUUUCAAUAAUGAAAGCUUUGCUAGAAAUUCUCUGUAUGAAUUUUUUUCAAAAGAAAAAAUAGAUAAGUUAUCUAUAGUUAACAUUCACCACGAAAGGUUUUGGUUUUCUAUUCUUCAAGGAGUUUAUCGUCUCAAAGUGUCUGAUUUAGUGAAAAGAUCAAGUAUACCUGUUGAAAAUGGGUGUUUGGUGGUUGGAGUAGCUGAUCCAAUAGGCAUUUUGAAAGAAGGAGAAAUAUUUUUACAAAUAGAUCAUGACAACAAGAAAGAGAUUAUAAUAGGUGAUGCUUUGGUGUACAGAAAUCCUUGUUUACAUCCAGGUGACCAGAGAGUUGUAUGCUGUGUUGAUAAACCUUCUUUACGUUAUCUAGUGAAUGUUGUUGUAUUUCCUGUAAUGAACUGUGAAUGUUCUUUUGCUGCAUCUUGCAGUGGUGGUGAUCUUGAUGGUGAUCAAUUUGCAAUUAUAUGGGAUACGAAACUUAUUCCACCAAGACAUUUAAUAUAUCCUCGUUUUGACUACUCUCAACUAACUUUAGUUGAUCCAUUGAUUAAAAAUGUUGAUGUUACAGAUGAGAAUGUUAUUGUAGACUUUUUUAUGAAGUUUAUGAAGAAUGACAGUUUAGGCAGAAUCGCUCAUAAACAUCUUGCACUUUGUGAUUUUAUUGAAAAUGGAGCUCGUAAUCCAUUAGCUGUUGAAUUAGCUAAAUCUCAAGCUGCAGCUGUUGACUAUCCUAAAACCGGAAUACUACCAGAAGUUCCAAAAGAGGCACUCAAGCUUUUAAAUCAGCAUACUGAUAUUAAUGGUUAUCCAGAUUUCAUGGGGAAAAAAAUCUCUUACCGCUCGAAAAAAAUAUUGGGUUUUCUUUAUCGUGAAUGUAAAUCUAUUGGUUUUAAUUUUGAUUUGGUAAGCAAAGAAAAUAUAGAAAAUGUGUUUGGAUUUCGACUGUAUGUAGCUGGUUAUCAAGAAUAUUUGGAAAAUGCUUUAGAAGUCUAUGCUUGUUAUGUCCAUAAUAUUAAAAUGAUCAUGUCAUGGUUUGACUUAAAAGUUGAAGCUGAUGUGGUUUUAAGUUGUGCAACAUAUAGUUGGAGUAUUCAUCAUGAUGCCAAUAGAGGAAAAGCUGCAAAGUCUAUUGCUGAAUGUUAUCAAGCAUUGGUAAAAAAAUUUCGUGAAAUUUUCUUUAGUGAUAUUAAUGAUGUUGUUUCUAAAAUGAAAAAAGCUUGUGCAUGGUACAACUUGGUUAAUGAUAAAACUAUUAAAAUUAUUGGCUAUAAUAAAAAAUAUUUAAGUUUUCCUUGGGUUAUAAGUGAUGUGCUAUGUGAAGUAUUCCAAAAGAAACGCAAUCAAAUUCCAAGUAGUUUUUUUCUUGACAUUGGAUCAUCUGCUCUCAAUUACUUUAACAAGAGUUCAUCACUAUUACUUAAGACCAUCACAGAUAAAACAAAAGUUUUGAAUACAAUUGAUUAUGGAAUUCAAAGGUUUGUAAAAAAAGAGUUUGAAGUUGACAGGGCAUUUAAAGUAUCUACAUAUGGCUCAACAUCAAUAUAUGUGUGUGAACCUGAAUCAGAUGUUGAUAUAUGUAUAUUUGCUGAGCAGUGUGUUUUUUCAAGUGACAUAUUUCCUCUAGAAAUGCGAUUAUGCAUGAAUGAAUUUUGUCAUGAUGAGAAAGAAAAACAUAUUUUACGGUUUGUGAUUUCACGAGCAUUAGAUUCAGUGGUAUCUUCAAAAAGGGAAAUUUUAGAUGCCAAAAUUCCUAUUAUUAAAUGUGUGAUAGGCGACGAAGACAGUGCAGUCAGUUGUGAUAUUUCAAUGAAUUUGAUUGGUAAACUUAAAACACAGUAUAUUCUUUUUCUUUAUCAAAAUAAUUGUUUGUAUUUACCUUUAUUUUGGAUAUUAGUGAGCUGGGCAAGAGUUGUUGGUUUAGUAAAAAGUGCUAUAAAUUGUAAUGGAGUUAUGGAUACAGCUGAGUUUUACUCACUUAUUAUUGAUUUAAUGAAUACAGAUAAUUACGAAAACUAUUUUGUUGAAAACAAUCGGUAUAGUUCAAUUUCAUAUCUUUAUAGCUGCUUAGACAAACUUAAAAAAAGAGAUAAACAUGAACUAGGAUUAAUGUUGCACACUUUUUUUCGAAAAGCAGCAAAUUUGAAAAGUAAUUUAGUACUCUGUUGGCCAGCACCUAAUAUUCCAGAAGUUAAAAUCGAUUCCAAAGUAACUGAAAAAAUAGCAAUUUUUGCACAGAGCGCAUUUCAUUCGGUAUCAGCAACAAAAAAUAUAAAUGAGUUGUUCUUACACGCUUUGAAAUCAAAAACAAAUUUAAUAGAGCAUUCAUUUAAAUUGCCACUUUCUGUGUCCUAUGCAAUGACACAGGCUUGUUCCUUUCAUUCAAGCCGGCUUUCAAAACUAACUGGUGCAAUUGUUUCUGUAACUCCAAAAGAAGGUACAAAAAAUCUUUUGGUUACUGCAGUGGGCUCCAGUUUAUCUAUAAAUCUCCUUCGUUCAGAAAUACGCGAUCUCAUUCAUACAAAUAAAGCUUUAGUUUUAGGUGUGUUACUUAAAAAAAAGUCAAAAUAUUUUAUGGAGGGUUCAUCAUUAUUAAUUGUUGAAGGAAAAACACUGACCUAUAAUCCAAUUUUAAAAUUUGAAGCAAGUUUAGGUGCAUUUGAACUUUUACACACAUCCAAUAGAAAAGACUCUUUGUAUGUAGAGACAGACUUGGAUCCAUUGCCUUCGUGGUUGGAUGAAGAGUUUACAAGAUUCCAAACCUGUAUUUUUGUACAGAUGUCAAAGUUUCCACAUGCAAAAAGUAUUCCUAUUGAUGCAACUGUACGAUAUGGUUGUUUUUAUUUAAUUGAUCUCAGUAAACAAUUGCCUGACUCUACAACUUGUUUAAAAAUGAGUGAAAUCAAUCGAUCUAUUGAACGAGGCUGCAUUAAUCGUAAAAAAUGGAAUAGGAUAGAUUACAAUUCAUCAAGCAACAAUAAAAGAUUUCAAAUGAUAAAUUUAAAACCUGCUACCGGAACGACAACAUUUUCUGAGAACAUUGCAAUGAGAAUAAAAAAAAACAAAAAACAAAGGUAUACUGGAAUUCCAUCAGCUUUUACUCCUAGUUUGCUCCAGUGUAAUACCAGCGAUGAAAGUGCGAAACGGAAACUUCUAACAGUUUACGAAAAAGUUCUUUUGGAAUGUGGAUUUCAAAAGCAAUCUUCAUCUUCGCGACUGUUUUCUCCUUGGAAAGUUUCUUUAAACCCAAGUUCCAGUUAUGAAGUAGUUAUGAAACUAAGUGACAGACUUGAAGUGUUGGAAAUAGCAGAGCGGCCUUUACAUUGGGUACAUGCCACAUUUAUUUCAUGCAAAAGACAAACAUUUUUAGAGCAAAUACAAACAAAUCCAGAUAUCCGGUUAACAAUUGCAUCUCAAGACCCAAUUAAUGCGGACUCUGAGCUUUAUAAUGCUGUGUACCCUACUAUUAAUGGGGUUCGUACACUUCCGAUUAGUCUCAAAGAUGGAAAACCUAGGUUAACUUUGUUUGGUGGAAAAACGUUUGUUAAUGGCGUGAGACAUGUUGAACUAAGUAAAGUAAUGUCAAACGGAUCAAUCGACGCUUAUAUUUCAUAUGGACAUUCUUUUUUUGGAUAUGAAUUGCAGUUAUCAAGACCGUUUUGUGAAUUGUCUUUACAAUUCAAUACUGAAAAAUUAAAAAACUCUCUGGGGGAAAUUAUAAAUGUUGAUUUAUUAAAUGAUUUUACAAAAGACUUUUAUUAUAAGUCUAUCGAAGUAAGAAAUUCUUUAGAAAAGUUUUUAUCUCAAAAAGAAUUUCAAACAAUGAUCUAAUAAAUUAAUUUUGAAUGCAAUUUUUUUAUUUAACAUA